UCUUGUGCUUUUAGUUAAAUGGGCUAAUUGUGUUGCUCUUUAGGCUACAUUUAAUGAGACACGGUCGUGGUUUUAGCAGACUUCCCGGACUUCCCGCACUAGUUUGUCUGGCAGCUCACACUAGGACACAACAGUUCUCGCAGAUAGGCUACGCUGCAUCCUUUGUUUGGGGUCCUCCUGAACUUCGCAAACUUGUUCGCUCUUGGCUCCCACGACACCCUCGAGGGAGGAUGGCUGCCAUCAAGGCGCUGCAACAGUGGUGCAAGAACCAGUGUGAUGGCUACAAAAAUGUGGUAAUCACGAACAUGACAACGUCUUUCAGAGAUGGAUUAGCGUUCUGUGCGUUGAUCCAUAAAUACAGACCGGAUCUCAUAAACUAUGAGUCUCUCAGAAAAGAGAAUAUUUAUGAGAACAACAAACUGGCCUUUCAUGUGGCCGAGGAGCACUUGGGGAUUCCCGCCCUGCUGGAUGCAGAGGAUAUGGUGGCCCUGAGCAUCCCUGACCGACUCAGCAUUCUCACCUACGUCUCCCAGUACUACAACUACUUCAAUGGCCGCUCCCCAAUUGGAGGGGUGGGCGGUGUUAAGAGACCUGCUGAAGACUCCAAGGAGGAGCCGUCCGAGAAGAAGAACCUUCCGGUUGUUUCCAAAGUCUUCAGCCACAAAAGAGCCAUCGAGAACUGUCCUCCAGCCCCACUCAUCCAGAAACCGUCACCACAGCUUAAACCAGAACCAGCUGCCCAACAGAAGGCUGUUUUAGUGGAGAGCUCUAAUAAAACUGGCACCCUGAAUAGCAAAUGUGCUGUUUGCAAGACCCAUGUACAUUUGGUGCAGCGCCACCUAGUGGAUGGGAAAUUGUACCACAGGAGCUGUUUCAAGUGCAGUGAAUGCUCGAACCCUCUCCUGCCAGGGGCAUACAAGACAGGACCUGAACCAGGGACAUUUAUCUGCAAUGCACACCAGAAUGGCUACAAGUCCUCACUUCCCAGAGCUGCACAAAAGAGCAUAGCUGACCCUGUAAAACCCCCCACUACUCCUGCUACUCCUGCAGUGCAGCUACAGGUGCCAAAGAAAGAUGACAAGACCCAGCCUGCAGUCCCAAAGACCGCCUCCAUGCUAACUGUCCCUGGGAAAGCCAUUCCCAGGCCCGUGGAGCCCAGUCCAGCGCCGCAGCCAUGGACCCCCUCAGCGCAGAGGACCCAGGCGGCCAGACGGCAGUUCUUCCAGUCCUCCACCCAGGCUCCAUCCUCAGCUCCAUCCUCAGCUCCAGCUCCAUCCUCAGCUCCAGCUCCAUCCUCAGCUCCAGCCCCGGCGCUUUCCUCCGCUCAGCCUCUAAGAGAAUCUAUUGCCCAUCGGCCGGCGCCAAUGCCAACAGAAGCUGGCACAGCCCCGUCCAGAGCUCCGUCCAAGCCAGAGGAGAAGGAGCGUGCCCGGGCACUGAUCAGCAGGAAACUGGGCGAGGGGAACUGCAACAAUAACAACACAGCGUAUCAGUUUGGCUGCAGGACUGAUAAUAAUUGGUCUGGGAAGGGGCUGUGCUCUGCCGGGGCGCCCAGCUGGAGGCUGGAGAAACGCAGCCAAGGCACGGCGGGGGGUGGGGCGGCCCCUGCACACCCCACCACCAGCACCACUAGCACCCCCAUCCCCACCCCCAUGCCUGCCAUCAGCACCAGUUCCUCCUCCUCCACCUCCACCUCCUCCUGCAGCAGCAAGGAAUCCCUCUGGCUGGCUGCCAUCAGGGAACGAGAGCGAGCGAGUGCGAGAGCUCCCCCCAGCCCCGUCGCCGUGGCCACCACUGCCUCCUCCUCCUCGUCUUCUGCGCUCGCCUGCGGUGCCAAAGCCAAACCCAUAGCUGGUUUAGACGUCUCUGCAGCUGACUGGCGAUCAAAGCUCCAGCCCGCCUCAAAUGGACCAAGCCUGAAAUCUCCUGAACCCGCUAAAGGGUUGCCCCCCAACCCUGUGGAGAACAAGCCUACUAUGACCUACAAGGCUAGUCUAUGCAUCACCGUGACCUCGACCACUUCUGAUAAGCUCCACCCCUUAACCAGCCCUUCCUCAUCAGGGUCCAGGAGUUACAGACCCCCCUCUGUCCAGCAGCCUGGGAGGAAAAGCUCAGGGGGUUAUGCUUUAGCAGAGUCAGCGUCCUCCCACCAGACUGCUGCGGUCACCAGUAGCUCCUCAGCCAGCGACCCCUCCAGAGUCAAAGCUUCGUCUCCAAAGCAGCGGCGACGUGGGUCUGCAGGCUUUGGCUCACAAAAUGGAAGCCACCAUGCUAAUAGCUCAUCGAAUGGUUUGUCCUGUUGGACACCCCCUGUGUCCAGCAAUGUCCAACUCCAACCCUAUAGAGCCUCCUCACCCAAACAGCCGCGUAGGGGUUCAGCUGGAGCUGCAGGAUCUAGGAGUGGGGAUUCUAUAUCAACUGGACCCACACCACGUUGGGUAACCCCAGUUACUGUCCGCAUUUCUCCAAGUGAGUCCACUGGACCUACACCGCGUUGGGUAACCCCAGUUACUGUCUGCAUGUCUCCAAGUGAGUCCACCAACCACAAGACUCCAUCUGCACAGCAUACACCUCAUAGAGUUCCUGUUGAACAGGGUUCUACAAAUGGACAUCACUCAUCAGAGGAAAUGGCUUCUGUCACUAAAGUGAGGUCACCAGCCAAAACGCAUCACGUUCCGAUGGAUGAGAUUGUGAAGGAGCUUGGGGAGAUCGAGGAGAACCUGAACGAGUUGGAGAGGGAGGGGGUGGACUUGGAGAAGAGGCUCAGGAGCUGUGAGGAAGAGGGAAGAGGGGACCUCCUUAUGGACCCGCUGAUGGUUGACUGGUUCAAUCUCAUUCGCAAGAAGCAGGGCUACAUGAGGCGGGAGUCGGAGCUGGUCUACAUAGCCAGAACUCAGGAUCUGGAGGAGCAGCAGCCUGGAGUGGAGGGUGAGCUGCGGAGGCUGCUGGACAAGCCAGAACACCUGAAGAGCGAGUCGGAGCGCCGGCAGCAGUCGGAGCUGAUGGACCGACUCCUGGAGAUCAUCAACGACCGGAAUGCCAUCGUGGAAGGCCUGGAUCAGGACCGGCUGAGGGAAGAGGAGGAGGACCAGCAGUUAAAUGAAAUGAUGCAGAAUCUUGGUAUGAAGAGGGCGAAGAGCAAAAGGCAGUCAUCUUUCUCCAAACUGUUCAGGAGGAAGAGCAAGAGGGUGGUGGCUGAGGGGUGAUCAGCAGCAGACUGAUGGGAAAGGGCUAGUCCCCAGUUGGCCCACACGAGGCUGUUGGAGGUGCUCAUGUUUUGCGGUGCUGCACGGCUUGAGACUCGGUGCACUGAAAUGUUGGCUUGUUUGUGUUCCGUUGUAGGUUUUUCCACCACUUAGCAGAGCAGGGUUUUUUGAAUGCAUCACAGUAGUCUUGGUUUUGUUUUGGUUUGAUUUUUGUUUAUAUGUGUUUUUAAUAUAUACUUUACCUCAUGUUAGUCUGUUUUAUCUACAUUCACGUUUUCUACUCCUAAAAGGAAAUUAAUGUAACUCAUAGAUACCCUUUUCUUUUGAGUAUUAAGUUAAAAUAACUUUCCUGCACUAAUCUGGGUUUAUGAAGGUAUGGAGUAAAUAAGUAUGUAAUAAUAACAAUAAUGGCGUACAUGUUUCUCUUUAUUUGUGUUCAAAGCAAUUUAAUCACAAUUAAUAAUAAUGUCUUUAUAGUGAUAUAUGAUGAAUGUUUUGAGAAGUCUCUCUGAAAAUGAAAUGUCGUAGCCAGUGUAUCACUGAACAAUUAGACUAGGAAAGUGCUACAUCACUACUCACAUUUGUAAGGGCUGUCAGGGGUGUAAUUCCAUCUCAGUGCUGAGGGGGGCAGUAUAGCUUCAGCAGCAGUCUCAGCAGCAAAUCCCAUUUUCUUCUCCACAAAUUACUUAUGCCUGAGCUAAUUUCAUAUAUGCCUUGGAAUGUUAAAUUCAUCCACAGAUUAUGUAGUGGAGAGGCUUAUGCAGUACAGUUUAUAAGGGGGUUUAAAUAUUAACCAGGUUUAAUGAAACCUAAAUGCACUGUAAUGCAUCCUCUAAGUUGUGUAUUUUUUAAUGCUUGCGAUGAAAAUUCUUUCGAUGUUCAGUUGUAUAAUUCCCAUUUUAACAAAAGCAGUGUUUUAAAGAUUUUUAAGGGGUUAUUAUUAAACAAAGGAAAUGUUAUGAAUGAAAUCUUUAAAUGUUUGAUUGAUGAAUGGAAUGGUAAUGUCUACAAACAACAUAUUUGUUUAACUUUAAUCAUGUUUUUGAA